CUAUGCUUCGACCGUGCGGCAUAUUUCACUCUCAGGACACCUAAGACAUCGAACGUCCAACGAGAACAGGCCUCCUCCACAGCUUGUUUGAAGAUAAUCAUAAUGCCAUCAACAAAAGCUCCGCCGUCUUUCUUCCUUGUGCCGGACGAGAAGAAGAAUUACAAUUCCACAGUCCAGCUUGGAAAUGUCAUCUAUCAAGUAAAACGACCCGACGUGGUGCUCUUCCGGCCAGACAAGGCUGUCCCACCUCUUGCACUCGGAGAGUUACCCUCUCCAAAGACGCUUAAGAAGUACAACAUCGAGAAAGUCGACGCCAAGUCUUCCAAGUAUGGCCUCUUUGCCAAGAUUCUUGACUUCUUCGGUAUCGGCGCCAAUAUCUCCCACUCGUCCGGGACCGAUGUCUCGGAGCGCUACGAGAUCAAGAGCAUGACCUUCAAGGCCUUCGAGCCGACUCCAGACUUCCUCGCAGGACUACAGGCGCAAAAGCCUAUCAUGGACAUCCUCAAGGACGGCUCAGAACCAUGCGCUUUCCUCAUCACAGGUAUUGUGGUGGCGUCGGGCAUUGUCUUCAAGUCAGCCGACAUCAAGGACGGAGAGAACGAGGCGAGCCUGGGCAUCAACGCCAAUGGGGUCUCGUUCGGCCCCAGCGGCAAGCGGUCUAAGAAGCGAACGCUGAAGAUUGACUGGGAGGACGACGGGCCGACCUUGCUCGCCUUCAAGGUGCAGAAGCUGGAGCUAAAGGACGACAAGGUGACGGCGACGGAUGAAGAGCACGGAGCGUAUUUCGGCACCGAUGAUGAGCCCGUCGAGCAUGAAGUCGAAUUCGAUGCCGAGUUGGAUGAAUAUGACGUGGACGGAAUGCAAGCCGAGAAGAUCCAGGAUGAUUUCACCGAGGGAGAGUACGACCUCUACCUUCCGGAUGAGUGACCUUUGUAAAAUAAACUGCUGCUUACUGGGAGCUCACAAGCAGAACAUCCGGUACAAUAGUCACUAAUUUCAAUUCUUAAAUACAACAGAGACAGUCUCCUUUGCUUGCCCAUAAUUGUUAACGUGUCACUGAUUUAAUAUACAAACGGUCUACUGGUAUGCAAUUAUACGGGGCAUCAAUGACUCGUGGAAUUUGAUGCAGUGUCGUUCUGUGAUUUUCCAUACCAUCUCAACCAC